GGGAGCUGGGAGUCACCUGCGAGUCCAGGCGAGGCCCGCCCCUGCUGAGCUCGCUUGCUUUUGUGUAAACCUGGGCCUGUCUGCUUCCUAGGGGACAGCGAGCGCUGGGGGUUGGUCCCCUGAGGUUCUGGCCGAGGCCAGGCUCACAUCCGUGCUUUAAAGGAGAACUUUGAUUUAGCCGAGGGCGUGUGGUUGACAGAAAUAGCGACGAGGAAGCGGCGAUGGCCUGGUGGGCACUCGUUCAUGAACUUGACCGCUGAGUCCCCCGCGUGCAUUCUCACAGCAGAGCAAUCGGGGGGCUGGCCAGUCCACACGCCAAGCAAAGGGCGAGGCCAGGUCCCAAGGACCGCGGCUCUCCGCCCGGCGGGGUGGACCAGCUCAGGAGCUUGUAAGAACUGGGAUACCCAGACCACACCCUAGAUGCCCCCUCCGCAGGCAGCCUCUGGGGUGAUCUGAGGCUGGAGAGCAGGUCUGACUCUUGCUGGUGAACUGUCCCUGCAAACAGCUCCCUCUGCCCCGUAGGCACCAGCUCUUCUGCAAGCUCACCCUGCGGCACAUCAACAAGGCCCCGGAGCACGUGCUGCGGCACACGCAGGGCCGGCGCUACCAGAGAGCUCUGUGCAAAUAUGCAGAGUGUCAGAAGCAGGGCGUGGAGUAUGUGCCCGCCUGCCUCCUGCACAAGAGGAGGAGGAGGGAAGACCAGAUGGACAGUGACAGGCCACCCCGCCGGAGACCAGCCUUCUGGGAGCCCGAGUCCAGCGAUGGUGACGGCACGGCCCCGAGUGACAGUGACGACAGCAUGGCAGACCUGUACCCACCCGAGCUGUUCACCAAAAAGGACCUGGCAGAGGCCGAGCACAGGGACAGCGCUGAUGACUUUCUGACCGAUGAAGACGAGAGACCAAGGCACCCGAGAGCAGAGGGCGCUGGGGACGGAGAGGGGAGGGGAGGGGCCCGGGAGCUGGCCCUCAAGCGCAGGAAGAAGCAGUCGGGCUCAUCAAAGAAGUUCAAAAGCCGUCACCGCAAGCCGAAGCGCAUCAGCUCUUCCAAGCAAGCGGGUUAAUAAACGUUUGCCCGAGA